CCUAAGUAGACCACAAUUACAGGGCUCUUAGUUCAUCAGAACACUUCGAAACCCCAGAAAAUCAGCACCAUGGUUGUGUGGACAGAUUUCGAGCGCGCUACCAUCCAGGAGGUCUUUUCCAAGAUCGAUGAAGCAUCAGUCGGUCAACAGGCACUCACAAGGUGUCUUGUCGUGUACCCAUGGACCCAGAGGUACUUCGCUAAUUUUGGAAACCUGUACAACGCCGCUGCCAUCAGUGGAAACCCCAAAGUUGCUGCGCACGGAUUGACUGUAGUCCGCGGUCUGGAGAAAGCUGUGAAGAACAUGGACAACAUUAAGGCCGCUUUUGCCGAACUGAGUGUGCUCCACUCUGAGAAACUACACGUGGAUCCUGAUAACUUCAAGCUGCUGGCUGACUGCAUCACCAUCGUCGUUGCUGCAUCCUUGGGUACCAGCUUCACAGCUGAGGCUCAGGCAGCUUUCCAGAAGUUCCUUGCUGUUGUAGUCUCUGCACUCGGAAAGCAGUACCACUAAAUGCUGAAGUGACGACCAGAGAGGAAACAAUGAACGUUAAAAACAACCAUGUACUUGUGAAAGCAAGUAUUUAAAUAAAAUUACUAAUACACAUC